AUGCGGGAGCCAAGUCCAAGUGUGCACUUGGAAAAGGAUGACGCUUACUUACCGGAGGUCUGGACGUGGUAUGCCAUCGGUGUCUUCGUGAUACUCCUUCGAUUUGCGUACUUGGCGUUGUACUCCCUGAAUGUGUAUAUCGUUCAAAUUACAUACCACACGGGCGGGAACAUCGAUAUUACCGGCGACAUAGUCCCUUCGCUGUCGAACGAGGAUGUGGAGAUACUGGAGCUGGGGUCGAAGCUGGAGUUCAUCUCCUGGUACUCAUAUCCAGGCUGUAUCUGGGUGCUCAAGUUCACCGUCCUAUUUUUCUACAAACGCCUUACUCUCGGAAUCCUGCGACGAAGAUCACUGAACGGACUAUUUUGGUUCUGUGGCUUGUCAUACAUAGCUCUGUGUUUGAUGGUUACACUGAGCUGCCAACCGUACGUCUUGUCGGGGCCGCGAAUUGAACGAGGUGCUGAAAAGAAGGCUAGAUACUCCGAUAAUUGGACAAUCCGACCGCUGCCCGGUCCCGAAUGCACGUUUCGGCCCCAGAACUUCUGGAUGUUAUUGUGGCUCAAUAUCAUCACCGACGCCGCCCUCCUUUCAAUACCGAUACCGAUCCUGUGGCAUCUCCGAGUAUCCGUCAAACGCAAGAUCGCGGUCGGCGUCCUGCUGUCGUCGGGCGUUUUCGUCAUAUCCACAGCGAUAAUACGAGCGAUAUCCACCCUCGGCGGAGCGCCGUCCGUGAUCAACAUCAACCGCUGGGGCUUCCGGGAGAUCGGCGUUGGACUCAUCACCGUGACCCUCCCGGUGCUGAGUCCCCUAGCCACCAGGCCCUUCUGGCGGAGAGGGCCGUACAUACGAGACUACUACGACCGGCUGCGGAACCCGAGAUCGCCGGUCCACAACGCGAGAUUCGGGAACUGGCUGGGCACGCUGGUGCUGCGCUACAUCGACGAGGACGAAGGCGGUGACGUUCGCCAGCCCGACUCGGCCAAGGCUUUAGAGGAAGCCGGGUACGGAGAGUAUGCGGAACGGGCGGGCUCUGUUGGGAAGGGAAGCCAGGAGACGUAUGAGCUGGAGACGCAGAGCGGCGGGACGAGUACGAAGAGCAUCACGGGCAUUGAACCGGCAUGA